AUGCUUGUCGCAUUGAUCGGCAUCCCUAAAACGGCAAUAACAACAACAAUAGUGACCACAACAACGGCAGCAACAACAACCUCAACCACGAAAACAACAACUUCAACGACGACAACAACAACCUCAACGACGAAAACAACAACGUCAACGACAACAACAACAACCUCAACGACGAAAACAACAACCUCAACGACGACAACAACAACUACUACUGGGACAAAUAUCGUAGCACAAAAUCAAAUAUGGUUAUUUAGUGGCGUAACGAUGUCUUGUCCAGCUGCAAGUAAAGUUAUGGAUAUCCCAGCAAGCAAUGCAGCUCCUAAUACAUAUGUUAUUGCUUGGUCUUCGAGUGGUGGUACUAAUCAACAAUGGACCAGAAUCCUAUAUACAUGUUGA